AUGGCAGCUACAGACACCUCAGCUGUAGCAAUGGGAUUUACUCUUAUAUUGUUAGGAAAAUAUCCAAAGAUACAAGAUAAAGUACAUGAGGAGUUAAACGAGAUUUUUGGAAAUUCUGAUCGUCCUGUAGAAAGUGAAGAUUUAAAUAAAUUAACAUAUCUAGAAAGAGUUAUUAAAGAGUCACUAAGAUUAUAUCCUCCAGUGCCUUUUGUUAUAAGGAAAAUUGAGAAAGAAAUAAAAUUACCAACAGGAAGCUGUCUCCCGGCGGGUAGCGGAGCGGUGUUAUCUAUUUGGGGUGUCCACCGAAAUCCUAGGUGUUGGGGUGCUGACGCUGAACACUUCGACCCUGAUAGAUUUUUACCAGAGCGCUUUAAAUUAGUGACAAACGGCAGCUAUAUACCUUUUAGCGGUGGACCACGCAAUUGUCUCGGAUAUCAAUAUGCUUUGAUGUCUAUUAAAACAGCUUUAUCUAACAUACUUCGAAAGUAUAAAGUACUAGGAGAACCAGAACCCUCACCCAUACCUCAUAUAAGAGUCAAGUUGGAGAUCAUGAUGAAAGCUGUAGAUGGAUUUAAUGUAACAUUGCAGAAGAGAGAGUGA